AUGUCCUGCAAUGCAGAUGAGAGGGACCCCAGCAGUACUAAACGUCAACGGGCAGUGGGAAGCAAGGCGUUCGGGACUUUUGCUCUGUACCGCUCAUUCGAGGAACACAUCACGAACGCCCAGAAUGCUUUUUUGAAGGGUGACAACGCGUUGGCCGAGCGGGAGGCAACGUUGGCUCUUCGGAUCCGCCCGACGGCCCAUCUUUUCGCACUUUUAGCUGUUAUUUCCGACUCCAAAGGGCAGUACGACCGUGCCAGUGAUUUCCGCCUUUUGCAGGCCUUCCUUGCUCAUGAUGUGGUCCUCUGGGAGGAGCUCCUGCAUGAAUUCCUUUCUGAGCAGUUGUACUACAAGUCCGUGGUCUGUUUGCAGCGCCUGUCCGCAAUGGAAAAGUGCCCGGUGCGCUACCGCACCCUCCAACUCCAGCUCGCAGAUUUGCUCAUCGGCCUGGGGGAGAUCCGCCGCGCGACGAACGUCCUCGUCCCCUUGUGGAAUAGCAGCCGAUGUAGGGAUUUUGACGUCUUCGCGUUGCUCUCGUCGUUGUACUUCCAGCUCGGAAAGUGGUCUUCACUGGAGGGGUUGAUCACGAGCAGCCUGAAAAAUACAUUUUGCAUCGAUAUGCCGGUGGGAGAUGUCCUUCCACUGGGGUUGGCGACGGACGCACGUGUCGGACGAGAGGAGAAGGUGGAUCCCAAGGAUGAGAGUUCGGAAGUCAAAAAAGAGACCAAACGUAAGCGUGUGUCCAAGCGGGUGCGUUUUUUUAAUCUUCCUGAGGACAGUGACCAGGUGGGGACAGGGGAGAGGGAGGAUGCCACCACAUUGGCCACCCCAAGUAGCCUCGCAUCAAAGCUAGCCACGAUGCAUGAAGUGGCCGAUCCUGAGGUGGAGGACCCGGAUCAGUUUGACUUCACCAACAUGACGGAGGAUACGCCUAGGAAUGCGCCCACUCUUUCAGCGCCGUCGAGCACACCAGAGUCAGGGGCGGCGGAGCAUAUACAAAGUCUUUACGGAGAUCGCAUCGAUCUCAGCACGCCGGACGCGAAGCGAAACUUUUUGAUAUUGAUAAAUGUGCAUACAGAGCUUCUCAACGAGAGUGGAAAAUUCACGGAAGCCGUGCAAGUGAUGAAUUUCACGGCUGCAUGUUUACAUGUACCGAUAUUGGAGUUACCGCCUGAUCUUCUUGUACGCUUAGGGACGGCUUAUGCUUUUCUUGAAGAUAUGAAACAGCCUUGCAAGGAUGUUGUUCAUUAUCUGAUCGAUACAUGCCCUAUGGACACGUACGCGGAUGUGCUUUUAGAUAUGGGGAUGACUCUUCAAAAGACUGGAAUGCACACCGAAGCACGAAUGAUAUUUUCGAAUUGUGUGCGCUUCUACAACGAUAAUCAUCGGCGCUUGAUGACGAAUGUGCAUCAACUGGAGCAGGAGAUUAAGAUGUCCCAAGAAGAAGGAGAAAGCUGUGGGGGUGACGAGAUCUGCACAGGGCGAUCUCAGUCCUUAUACAAGCGCUUGAAAGAGGUGAAUACAGAGAUGCAGGAGGUUAAAACUGUUCUCGCAGCCGCGCACUAUGGCCAGGCACAGUGCAGUUUCUCGAUUAGACGUAUCAACGACGCCGAGCAAGAAGCAAAAAUGGCGUUGCAGUUUGAGCCGGACAAUUUGCAGGCUCGCUUACUCUUAGGAAGGUUGUAUUUUUAUGAGCAAAAAGACUUAGAUGAGGCGGAACGUAUGCUUACACCGAAGGAGACUGAUGCGGCUUUGUGUCGUAUUCAACUAGGGGCCCUCCUAGCGAGCAUCUUUUUCAAGUCUUGCCGGUACAUGGAGGUGGUCACGCUGGGUGUUUCGAUGUUUGAGGUAAUCCUCUCCAGCGCCGAGGACGGUGAUGCGAUGUCGGUGGCGCCGGGCUCCUCACGACGGUCUUCUGCGCCCUUUCUUUUGCCGACGCUCUCCCGCGCGACCUCUGCAAUCCUUCCAUCCGCGUCCGUCCUGGGGAUGAUCCAAGGCCCUGGAACUUCGGAGGGGGAGCAUCGACUUUCCACCUCCCUCGCGGCGUCGAUUCGGGCGGGGACGUCUGUCGCCCGACAGCAGCUCGCCCGGCGGGACCGCGCGGCGUUGACGACGACGGUCUACGGGGCCUCCGCGGCGGCCUCUCUCGCGGCCGGGUGGAGCCGUGAGGAGGAGGAGACGAGGCUCAAAGACAGCUCCACCAUUUUCCGCUUUAAUCGCAAACGACGCCAGGAGGGGGGAAGGAAAGAGUUGCGAGAAAGGGUGAAGGAGACACCGGAGGAGGGGAGGGGUGGGGUAGGGCGAGAGACGGAGGCCAAACGAAAACGGCGGCGCGUAGAGGAGGUGACCAAGCGCAACCCACGGAGCUUUUGGGAGACACCGGAGGACAGCGGGGGGGUGGGAUCCCCCACAGACCAACCAGAGGAUCCCACGGCUGAUAUAAAGGAUGAGGAAACUGCAUCAGAGCUGGAGAGUUCGGAUAUUGCCCAUAAACUGGAUGUGAAGCAGAGGCCACCGCGGUAUCCGGCCGAGGUGCCCAACAUGGGGAACUUCACUACAGUGGGGGAGAAGGAUCGGGAUCUAUCUGAGCUAGAGGGGUUCGAGGAGUUGGUAAGAGCAAAGAAGGGCGAGGAGGCUAGGGAUGUCCUUAAACCUGAGUGGGCUGCUGAGGACGUCGUUGAUGAGAUGAACCCGUCAUCCUAUGAGUUGCCUAGUUUAGAGGAGGUGAGUAAACAAUUUAGUGAUCCGGCGAUGGCGCAGCUGUUUUUAAAGGUGUCGUCUAAUGAGCUCUCGACGAACUCCUUUCCGGGCGCGUUGCGUGCGGAUGAUCAAGUGGAUCUUUCGCAGAAUCCGAACCGUUUGGAGGGCGGCGCCGCUGUCGUGGAUCGCGUAACAGCUCGGGAAGCCAUCGCAGCGCUGGGCCGUGCGGAGUUUCUCGCGCUCGCGGUAUCCAUCGUGGAGAGCUAUAGCGCCCUUGGGAAGUUUUCCGAGGCCAAAGAGUUCGCCUCCGUCGCGCUUAUUCGCUUUUCUAAAAAAAGGAUUUUUUUACAGAUGGGUAAUCCUUUGGAACGUCCACUUAGACUAGCAGUCCUGCGAGCGGCUUUGGCCGCCGGGGAAAGUGAGGAUGCGUUUCGAGUCGGUUUUCGCCUACUUCAAGAGGAAAGCCUUCCUGAGGAGUAUAACAGUGUGGUGGAGCUAAUGCAUGGCGUGUUAAAUCGUUGCGAGGAUCGCUCUUCAAUUUUCUACCGUGCUUUUCUCGAGAACCGUUGCGAUGUAGCCCAUCUAGUCCUCUUAGCAAACCGUUAUUACCAGACACGUUCCUACACCCGCGUGCUGAACCUUUAUUUGGUGGCCUUGGAGCGGCGGCCUAUGGAUAUUUUUAUCAAUUUCAUGGUGGGUCUUGGUUACUUGCUUUGCAGUCACCAAAAGCGUGUGACGCUACGCGAGGAGUGUGUCUCGGCGGGUGUAUAUUAUCUUUCCCAAUAUCAAAACCUCCUCAUUUCUCUUGAUCCAAGUCGUAUAGGUGAGGCUUUGUACAACUCUGCGCGUGCGCUACACUACCUGCGCUUAUUUCACCUGUGCGUGCCGCUCUACGAACGCAUUGUGCACAACCUUUGCGUACCGGAAGAGUGUACCCUGGCGAUUCAAAGGGCUGCUCGAUUUAACCUCUACUUUAUCUAUAGAUGGGGCUCUGGUAAUCGUGAGCUAAGUUUGGCAGCAUUGCAAGCGACAUAAUAAUUAUAGAGUUUCUACGAGAGCUAUAGAGUUCCACUUCCCUUUGUUGUGCCUAUAAUUCUUUUUUUUUAGCGGUGUAAAGGAAUAGCAAGUAAGCCAAUAAACGGAAAAAUAUGAGUUAUGCUUCUUCAAUGCAUUUAAUUACGUGUAUUAUUCAUAUCGCUAUUUUUUUCUUCUUUACACUCCCUUGCUUUUUUUCGAAUAGACGCACUUUUUUUAAUUUGAGUGUGUGAAAGGUUCACUUUACAAACGUGAGUGAAAAGCACCAAUACGUAUACAUGAUAUUAGUUGAACUGUUCUAUGCUUUUGCUUGCUUUAUCAUUUUUUUUAUUGCUCUAUCCCCUUUCGUUUUUUAUUGUUUUAAAUACGUAAUUUAAAUCAAGAACCAGUUGCUGUAUUUCUUUUAAGGAACUAAAUUUAAACCUUGGUCUAGUAUAUACAUCUAUAUAAAUAUAUUAAAUCAUUCGUUAUUAGAAGGGAAACAUAUUCAUAUAGAACUCAGACAUUUCUUGCUUUAGUGUGUACUUGGAUUUUCAAAGGUGCCAAAGUGUUCUUUUUCACUAUUUUUCAAACACUCGAAAAGUAUUUAACGUCUUUUAUUUAUAUAACAUCUAUAUUUCGAGAGAGAUUUUUUUUGUAUUUUCCUAAUUAGAGAAGGGAGUAAUACUAAGCUCAGUGUUAAAUUUGAA